GUUGUUUAUCACGGCAAAUAACUAUAGGAGGCGUAUAUAUAUAUGAUAUCUAAGGAACAUCAACUGAAAAGAAAACCCGAAGUCAGGACCGGCAGGUAGAUGUUUUUGUGAUGGACUUAAGACUUGCGUAAAUUGCAAUACUUUUCCUUUUUGAGGGAUGUUGCAACGACAAUACAUGACACUUUUCUAUAGGGUAAUUUUGGGUCUACCACUCACCACAUCAACUUAUUCCAGUUUGGUUUGUAUGCAAAACUUCUCCAUAUUCCUUCUCUUCUUUUUCAAUUCGUUUCAACUUUGUUCCUUAAUUAGUAUGUGAAUCUUAGUACUCUAAUGAUCCAAAUACUCUACCUUCAAACUUCUUUUCGAGUACAGUAUUUAUUAACAUAUAUGUCAGGUUAACCGACGUGUAAAUCUUUAGAACUUUUACUUCUCCAUUAGCUAACCUCUCAUAUGAAGAUAUACUUCAUCUUUAGUUAUCUCUCUGCAGAAAAAACGUUAGACGAGUGUGGAGUCAAUGAAAGCUCACACUAUUAUGGGUAACGAUCUUGAGCGUAACGAGGGUAUUGUAUUUUUUUAAAAAGGUUGAAUUGUAACAUUCCUGUUUUUAGUAUAUGAAAAUGUUUAAAGAUAAUUGAUUUGGCUACCUAUGUUACCGAAAUGCAUUUAUCUUUUCCGUCACAAAUCCGUUUAAAACUCCAAGGUUAAGCGUGUUUGAGCUGGAGUAGUGGAAUGAUGAGUGACCUAUCGGGAAGUGAUUCCCGAUAUCGUGCGAGUAAGACCAAAGCACGAGGAAAUGUCAUAUGGUGAUUGCAUGGUCAGUAAACACUGAUUUCAUAUAUUCAAAAAAUUAAUGCACCGUCAGAUGGGAUGGAGGCCACAUGCCAAGUUAGCAAAUGUGGGUGGUCCAUUAGCCGUGGGCUAGCGGAACGUUACAGUAACAUAAAGAACGAAUAUUCACUUUGAUCAAAAGAAAAAAAGAACGAAUAUUCACGGUACGUAAACUGAAUCAACAUACUAGUUAUUCGUUCAUUAUAUCUACGUAUUAUGGUUUGCAGUGGUAUACGCGUGUUUAAAGGUCGAUAACCCUUUUUGUUACGUAACAACCUUCUUUCAUCAAAAUAUCCUACCCAAUUUCAUUCACGGCAAGUAUGCGCAUGUUCAUGUAUUGAUAGAGUUUAACAGAAAAGUGCAAAUCCAUGAAUUUCAAAUACAAGAAAAUGAUAAAUCAGACAAACACCGUGUCGGACCAGCCCGAAGAUAGCGGGUGUCUGAGCUAUAGCUUUCAUAUUAAAUAUGGACUGUGGACUGGUAACGCAUUAUAUGCGCUUUUUCCAUGCUUCUCUGUCAUAUAAAUAAUUGGAAAAGAUAUUCACGCAAUCAUAUGUCUCAUCAGUAGGUCACAUUAUGUCAAGAUGGUGUUGCUAUAUACGACUAAAUAGUAAAUAGUCAUGAAGCUCUAGGAUACUAUCAACAAAGCACCACGGACCUGACGUUUAACAGUAGCUUUUUGGACAAAUACCUUUCUCUAUUCCCACAUGUUUCCUUUUUUAAUGUCGACUGCUAUUUUUGAUUAUGGUAAGUGUUCUUUUUAAAAACGAUUAUUGUUGAUAUGAGGUGAUCAAAAGAAAAAAGUUUAAACAUAUAAAUAGUCAUACUUAAGUUUCCAAUGGUUUUUAUAUUUUUAAAACUUAGUUUAUUAUUUUUUCUAUUAGAAAAGUAAUACCUCUCCAAAAUGACCUAAAAUAUCAAAAGUCCUAUUGUGGAAAAUAAAAAUUAAAAAUGUUUUUUUUUUUUCAAUUCUCCUGAUGAUUAAUGAAAUACAUAAAACGUGGACAGUUAACGUCUUAGAUUUAUGAGUUUCUUUUAUAUCUUUAUUAGAAAUCAUUUAAACAAAUUUGAUAGUUUUGUUCAAUCAGAUUUAUGUGACUACAAACAACUUGUGUAUCACUACUGCUCAAUUCCUAACUAUCUAAGAUCUACUAAUGCAACAACAGUUGCUUCACGCACAAGUAUCUCAUUCACCGCGAACCCUAAACCGUGAAACUCUUCUUCAAGUGUGCUCUCUUAACUUCACAUAAAACGGCUAACUUCACAAGUAUCCAUAAGUGUUCCAAAAAGGGUAUCCAUAUAAACUAUUUGUGUAUUGAAGAUAACAAAAGGCUCUAAACUCUAAAGGGAUUAUAAUCCGGAUCGGAUCCUUAUUUUUGGACUUGGAAAUGGUACCAAACUUGUCCUGAAGAGUAAAGAGUAUAACUCAUAAUCGAAGUGUGUUUUAUUGGUCGUCUUGGUUGAGUUCUACUCCAUAGUCGAUGUUAAUUUUACAGAAGGUGAAAAACAAAAGAAGACUAAUUAAAACUUACAGACGGAAACAACUUUUGUGGAAAAUUCAAAGCGAAGAAAACCAACUCGGCCACAUGGUUUGGUCUCCUAUGCUCACUUAAUCUUCCUUAUCUUCUUUACACCAUUCCUCUUUAUAUAUAUACCACAUCUCACAUGUCUAUAAUCGAACACAUAAUUUUCUGAGAACCCACAAAACCGGAGAACAAAAAAUCGAAACGGAACCUAGUUUGUUAUCAUGGCCAGACAAAGAAUGAUCACAGUUGAGUCGCCAAAGAAGAAGAUGGGUGGAAUUGUGAAGCUCAAGAAUGUUGUAGAAAAGUUGGUGCAGAUCAAAGGCUUUUCCUCGGCCAAGAAACAUUGUUCCGACGAAUACGGCCGUGACCGUGUCCCAAAAGAUGUGAAGGAAGGACAUUUUGCGGUGAUAGCCGUUGAUGGAUAUUAUGAGCCUACGCAAAGAUUUGUUGUUCCAUUAAUGUUUCUAGAACACCCGAUGUUUAGGAAGCUUCUAGAACGUGCGGAGGAGGAGUACGGGUUCUAUCAUGAUGGAGCCCUCAUGGUACCUUGCCGGCCAAGCCACCUCCGGACGAUAUUGACCGAACAGUUAUUGUGCUAGAGUUUUUAGCUGUAAUUAUUAUCAUAUAAGUCUUCUUCAUUUUAAAUGAUAAAAACUGAAUUGGUUAUUAGAGGGACUCUAAAGCUUUCUUGUAAUUCAAGCUUUUAACUGACGAAUAAUUUGUCUCCUCACACCUCAAACUUGCAUAAUUGCAUUACGAACAAUUAAGAUGCAAAUUGUCCGGGGAUCGAAGAUGUGAUAUACAGUCUUAAUCUGAAGAACAGAUGAUCUAAGACCCCGUGCAUUUUAAAUAAGUUCAUAUUUUAAAGUAACUGAUUAAAGUGUGUUAUUUAGUGGUCUUAAUUUCGAAUUUGACUCUUGUAUCAUUACGCUUGAAACGGUAGUUUUUAAAACUUACUCUCAUCUUUUUCAACGAUUUUUUGUUUUUGUUUUUGUUCACCCUAAAAUAAAAUGAAAAUGUUCUCACUACUAUUGAUUAUGGGACUUAUUGGCGCGUAGAGAACAAUACUGUUUGUUAUUGUGACCCUAAAAUAAAAGAAUCUAUUCUUCUAUUGUUUCAAUGAAAGAUAUUAUGUUGUAAAUUUGCUC